AUAUUAUACGCUCGCGCAGGAACUUAUCCACGCGGAGUUAUUAGCUCGUAGGUGGGGGACCGGCUCGCCGCGAAUCGCGAUUCGGCUGCGGACACUUGAGCGAGUGCGCGUGUCAAUAGCGAGCCGAGAGUGAACUGCUUCUGCAAGCUAUAUUAGCGCUUAGUCGGGAACGCCGAGAUUUACGUUCGGUAUGAAUUGAUCGACUGCGUGUGCGCAUAUUCUUUGUGUUGAUUGCGGUUUCAGGCCAGACGAAUAAAGGUUGUUCGACCAGACAUACUCGCACCAUCAGGGCGGAUCGCGACUAACUAUCCCUGACUUUUUACGAGGGAGGAAAAAAAAGGUGAGUGAGAGGAUGAGCGAUAAAAGCAACGAGAGCCGUAUCGCGGCCGAUUGGAAACGACCUGCUGGACCACUCAACGUUUGGCGGCAAGUCGUGGGCCGAGAGCUACUGGCCGGGGGCUCGACCAGACGCAUUCGAUUUUCCAUUCAAGAUGUUCCCGAGGACAGAUACGACGAAGCCGUCGAGCACAUGCUGGAGUUCUUUCUCGCUGACGAGGCUACGUGCGCAUGCUUGAAGUUGAAGCAAUGUCAAGAUGCAGUGGAAGAUUUUAGAAAACUUUGGAAGUACUUGUUCGAGAUAGGCUUGAGCGUUGCUGCGUUCAAAUUGGACUCAGACGACUCGUUGUUGGAACUCGCGGGAGUUAAUGUGCUGUUCGCCGUGACAGAGGAAAUUAACAAAGCUCUGGAGGACUUUACGAUCAACUUCAAAUGCGAGAAAGCAAGGAAAAUUUUCGAAUUCAUACAUGACGAAUCGGAAAAGGUAGAUGUUUGCGGAAUGUACGGAGUAGACACAUACAUUUCUGCAUUAGGGCUGAGUGUAUCUCCAGCUUUUCGUGGCCAAAAACUUGGAGUUACUUUACUUGAAGCCAGGAACGAUAUCGGCAGAAAGUAUGGAUUCACUGCUACUGCAACCAUUUUCACCGGAGCUGCGUCUCAAAAACAAGCAGAACGUGCAGGAUUCGAAACGAAAUAUAGCCGUGAUUUUAGUGGAGUUUUUGAUAAUGAUGGACAGCCUCUUUUCCCAUGUAUUGAAUCAAAAGACAUAAAAUUCAUGACGAAAGAACUGCGGUGAAAAAAUGAUCAAGUUUCAUAAAAAUUAAUAGUAUUUGUUUAGAUUUUUUAGUUGAGGCUAAUUUCAUAGUCAGUGUUGACUGCAAGAGACCAAUUUUCUAAAUUUUGUUUUUUGAGAGUACUUUUUUCUAAAAUUUUGAAAUCAAUUCAAAGGUCUUCCUCUCUCUCUCUCUCUCUCUCUCUCUCUCUCUCUCUCUCUCUCUCUCUUUCUCUCUCUCUCUCUCUUUCUCUCUGUGAUUGCCGAUAACAUGCAGUUAGGGCAAUUAGACAAUGCAAAGGUUAGCUUAUCAAUACGAAAGGCUGUUUUGUAUUUAUAGAUGUUUUCAUUGUAAUGCAUUUUUAUAUGGGUUGGUGAUGUGCAGUUUCAUAUAAUUAGUUGGCUAGUUUUUUAGCAGUGAGUUUAAGCAAAUAAGAAAGUGAAAACUCCAAAACAUGUAAUAUGUUGUAGAAUGCCAUUAUUUUGGAUAGUUAAGUGAAACCAAGUAUUUUAAAAUAUGUAAUUACAGCACUUUAAAUGUUAGCACAAAUAAUUCAAUAAAAUAGUUGAUGCUACUUGUGAGAAA